GGUCCCACUUGUUGCUGAGCAGGAGCGGCGACAGGAGCUUCAGCUGACGGACGGACGGAGGGAGAGCGAGAGAAAGAGGGAGACAUAUCGAUCCAUCGAUCCAUCUUCGCUUCACGUCCUUCAAUCUGCCGGUAAACACAAGCGGGCGCUCCGCUGCAGAGCUCCACGGCCGCUUCAGUGCUCACAUACCCCGCGCUGCUGCCUCAUCAGCGGCUCUCCGCAAAAGCACCAAAUAUGCUCCGGUUUCAGAUUCAUCAAAUGUGAGGAUUUCAAGCUUUUCGCUGUUUGUAAACUGAAGAUCUUUUUUUUUGGUUGGUCAGACAAAACGGGCAAUUGGAAGAUGUCACAGAGCCUGAAGGAGACAAGAAGUGGUUCCGAUCUUUUGUUUUGAAAAUCCAAAUGAAGACUUUGAUCAAUGGCCGACAGGUGAAGCCAGCGGUGAUGUGGUGGCACUCGGCAGCUGACAGGAAGUCUGGUUUGAUGUCUGCGUCAGUCGUGAAUGCAUCGCUGUGUGGACGCGUCAGUCUGGUCUGUGGACUCCUCCUCCUGGCCUUUUCACCGCUCCUCACGGCAGGCCGACUGAGUAACUGCAGUCACCCUCUGGUGCCGGAACAUGGAGGUUUCCGAUGUGACCCGUCCCCGUGUCGAGGUUUCCCCCACAAGAGCGCCAUCCACGUCUUCUGUGAGCCGGGAUAUCACCUCAGCAGCAAGCUCCGUGUCUCCCAGUGCCGCCACGGGAAGUGGCAGCCUGCCAUACCUGCCUGCAUCCCCAUCAGAGAAGGUCCAAACGUGAACUCUGACAACAGAGUGAACGACUCGAUGCCCAGCAUGGCCACAACCGCGGUGGGCGUGUCCAUCUUCCUGCUCACCACCACUGCCUGCCUGGUCAUCAAGUCCCGCCUCUACCCCUGUCGAUCACACAGCAGCCGCCGCUCUUCAGACCAGCUGGACCUGAUGGUGGACGGACUUCCUGUCUCCCUGCCCUCCUACGAGGAGGCGGUGUACGGCAGCUGGGGGCAGCGCCUGCCCACCUGCUCGGCGCCGGGGCCCACCCAGCUCCUAUUGGCUCAGGAGGCUCCCGACGGUCACCCGCCUUCUCUCAACAACCAACCGGACGGCAGUCGCCGGCCCCUCCUGUCCAGCCACGACAACCCCCCGCCCCCUUACGAGGAGGUCCAGUCGUCCCGCCCCAGAGACCGGACGGGGGACGCGGACAAGGACGCUUGACUGACGGGACAGGAAGGGGGGUUUGAUUGACAGCUGCAGCGUUCACUCUGCAGAUGAUGAAAGGAAAACACAGACUGACCGCAGACUUCUGCACUUUCCCUGGUUGGCUCGCCGGCAUCAGGGACAUUCGGUCCAAUCACAUGCUAGUUUGGACGAAGCCGAUGAGCUCUGAUUGGCUAGAUGUUGGAGCACAAAGACCUGACUGUUUCUACAUGAAACGUUGAUUGUAAAGUGCGUUGUAUGAAUGUAAGUGACAGAGAAGGGAGUUUACGUGCUGUCUGGUGAAAACCUUUUAUAACCUGAAUGCCUUUUUUGGUUAGUGAUGCCUAUAUGUUUCAUUUAAACAAUAAGAUAUAUUAAGUUUAAAAAUAAAAAUCAUCACGCAAGCUAGAAUAAUGAAGUUUUCACAGGACAGCGGUCGUAUAAAAGUGUAAGCGUGUGUGUGUGUGUGUGUGUGUGUGUGUGUGUGUGUGUGUGUGUGUGUGUGUGUGUGUGU